GGACGACGUUGAACGCAGCAAAAGAAGAUGUCUGCGCCCUGUGGAAGGAUGGCGAGUCGGUCUCUUUUCCAGUUUCUGUCCACUUUUGGCAGGACGGCCCUCGGAAACUCCGGGCUCCGACAUUUUUCUGGCACGUCUGCUCGUAGGGUGACUGCACAGAGCAAAGUAGAGACAGAAAGAGCGAGUUCUCCGUGGACUUUGGUGGCGGCCGUGUGUCUGCGGAGGCUCCCGGUGAUUUCAGCGGACUGCAGCCCGAUAGAGGAGGAGGUCAGAGGGAUGCUGCAGCAGGUGAGGGACGCUGAGGUGACACACGGAUGUGUUUCAGCAUUUAAAGAGAGAAUUCAAGGUUUCAUUAUAAAUUCAAAUAAAUUGGUGAUGGUGUGAGUCAUUUCAUAUGUGGUUUUGUCAGCAGGGGCUGCAAAAAAGCUUUCUGCAAUAUGGAGACAAGCAAGGAACUAUAUAAUAUAACUGUGUAUUCAUAUAUAUUUACAUAAUCAAUAAUAAAGUCACAAUAACCUCUUAAAUAAUUUCUGAUUUUGAGUCUCUUCUUCUGUCACACAGCAAAACAUAUUUAUUUCAUAAUAAAUGGCUCUGAGCUAGGGCUGGGCGAUAUGGACCAAAAGUCAUUUCUAGAUAUAUUUAGGCUGAAUAUUGAUAUAGGAUAUAUCAGUGGUUCUCGAGUCCAGUCCUCGAGGCCCACUGUCCUGCAUGUUUUGGAUGUUUCCCUGCUCCAACACAACUGAUUCAAAUGAUCAGCUCGUUACUAAGCUAUUACAGAGCUUGAUAACGAGCUGAUCAUUCGAAUCAGGAGUGUUGGAGCAGGGAAACAUCCAAAACAUGCAGGACAGUGAGUCUUGAGGACUGGACUCGAGAACCACUGAGAUAUAUAUAUCCUGAUAUUGUUUUCACAAAGUGAGAGCAAAUGUUUAGUCACAGUCAAAUCCAAAUAUGACAUGCCAAAUAUGACAAACUGGUCAGAUGAAAUUAUGCUCAGCUGUUCAAAGAACAAUAUGAUGAAAAAAUAAAUACUGUAUAACCACAAGAGUACCUUUUUUAUUCAAAGUGGAGCUCCAUAAGUUACACAUUUAAAUGAAAAAAUAUAUCUUAAAUAAAAAUAGCCCAUAAAGGGAAAUAGGCCAAUCUUUUCUGAAAUAAAUGUAUUUAUAUGAGAAAAACAUCAACAUUUUGACAACUAUAAAUGGCCGAUUAAAAUCAAAUUACAGAUUUUCUUCUUCUCUCUAACAAAUCCACAGAUGUAAACAACGAUCACUACAAAAGAAUGAAAUCUGACAAACCCUAGUAAGGGCAGCAUAUACAUGUACAAAGACUGCUCAGUUUAAGAAAAUAGUUUUUACACAUCAACAGUCUCAACCAGUUGAACAGACUAUGAACUCAGGAAACAUUUCCUCCUCUUCUUUCUUUUUGACUUUGAUAAAUAGUUAGUGCUGUAUUCAGGUCGACAUUAGAGGACAGACAAGUGUGUCCUUCUUUGUUUAAAGAUUUUGUGUGAGAAACACCAGCCUGUCAACAACAGCAUCUGAUAUCUGUAUAUCUAUAUAUGCCAUAUGGUCCAAUCCCAUAUCUAAUGUAAAAAUACAUCGAUAUAUUUCUUAUAUCGAUAUAUCGCCUAGUCCUACUGUAAUCCUAUAAAAGCAAACUUGACACUAGGUUUGCAAGAUAUGCCGAAACGUAUAUGUAGUGCUAUACAAGGAUGUUUGGUAAAUUGACAAAAACAAAAGAGAGCAAUAAUAACUCAGUAUUUAUCGGGUACCUGCUGAUCAUGAUGAUUUACACACACACACCCUUUUGUCCACUGUACUCAAUGGGAAUUCAAGAUUGAUCCAAAAGGCUUUUUUUUUUCAUAACUUGGAUGUUUCUCUCUCUCUCUCUCUUUAUUUUUUAAUAACCUGUUUUUAAUUUCCUUCACUGUGAUGUUUCUUUGCUUUUAAGAUGCGACCCUUUGAGGUCUCUUGUUGUAAAGGACAAUACAGAUUAAAUUAACUUAUGUACCAGUGAGUCUGAGAUGAGCUUACAGCUGGCUAAAGUGUCAUUUAUCUGCAUGAAAAAAGCAGUAAAAGCAGAGGCCUCCAUCGAACUAUCAAAACUAUUGCUCAAAUGUUUGAAAUAAAACCUAGCUUUGAUUACUGCGAAUACUAAUAUUCAUAAAAAUGAAAAUAUUUGCGUUCAAUUAUGCAACCCUGGUAUCGAGUAUUAAGGGUAAGGCAUACUUACGUUGCGAACAUCUCUCAACUGUUUAUGAUUCAUUACAGCCAAACUGGGAUUUACAGCCCUCAAAGAACUUUGAGCUAAAGCCUUUUUGAUUCAUUUUUUCUAAUGAACCCCAAUGUAUAAUAUAAGGUCGCUUCAUAAAUUAAACCCACAUCUUGUAAGAUUAUGCAUAGAAAUCAAUACAGCACUUCUGGAUAUCUGCUGUGUAAAUCCACUUAGCGUUUGGACUCAGACGACUAUGAAAAAAACUACAUUUCAGGCCAAACAUUGAGUUUGUGUUUUGUGUGGGUCCUAAAUCAAGGCUGGAAAGUAAUGCCAUAAUAUUUGACUGCCUUAAUUACAGUCGUAUCCUGAUAAACAAACACUACAGUCUUGAAAUAAUAAUAGACACCUUGGCAGCAGAAUGUUAAAGCUACAAAAAGGUAUAUGGAGGUAAUAUUUUCCUGCCAAAUUCAUUAAAAGUUACCCAGCUGUGUCUCAUUUAUUCAAAGCGUGGUAUCUAUGUGUAAUACCAAUUAAAACUCAGUUUGCUUUACUUGAAUUCGUACACAUCCUGUUGCACUUUUUCAUAAUGAAUCCUGCCGUCUCUCCUUUCAGGUAGAGUUUGAGAAAAGUAUACUGUCGGACCACGAGCUGCGUCUACUGGAUGACACUGAGAGAAUGACUCGAAAGCAGGCAGAAGACUACGACUCAGAUGAGGAGGACGUCCGCAAAGAUCAGGAAAUCGUGUUGACUCAGGACCUGGAGGACUCCUGGGAGCAGAGGAUGAAGACGUUCCAGCCGGCAGAGAGGUUCAGAGGUCAGUUUGAGAAGUGGGCAAAAUGUUUGGCCAGCAGGAGAGAGGGGUAAAGCAGAAUGUAUGCCACAUGAAAAUACACUUAGAUGAAAUACAUUUUCCUCAUAGAUUACAGUAGUCGUCCCUUCUUCUUGCUGGAGUCAUUCAUCAAGUGAAACACGGAGAAAAGAAAACGAGAUUAAUCCACCUGAGUUUAAAGUAAAUUGGAGGAAAGAGGCCUGUGUUAGGACAGAAUUCUAAUAUUAUUUUGACAUUUAGGAAAUCUAUUUUCUCUGGCAUUUCCAAUUUGCAUUUUAUUCCCGGUGACAUUUCCAGAGUUAGUGCAGAUUUUACUCCACAGAGCAGACUUAAAAGCGGCUGACGAUCCUUCCUCUCAUUCAGACGAUGUAGAUAAGGACCUGACCUCGUUGGAGCGCUGCCUGGACAGCUCUCUGCUCCUUCUGGCUGAGCAGGAGGUCGGAGGUGAGAAGAUGUGGCUGCUGCCUCAGACUCAGUGGCAGGGAGGAGAAACUUUGCGGCAGACAGCUGAGAGAGCCCUCGCUUCGCUGCCAGGUAAUAAAAAAAAUACACUUCCUAGACGCUUAUUUAAUGAGACUCCUGAUAUUAAUAAGCAUUUAUUUAAUGGCUGCUUUUAAAAUGUAAGUUAUGAAGGGCUUCACAAAGGCAGCAAAAUAAGACAAACACCAUAAAACCGCCAGGUUUUUAGAAGCAAUCAGACAUCAGUACACUUUGGGCACAAAAGAGAAAAGAAAGAAAUCUUUAAUAGAAUAAAAUUUAAUUUGUAAAAACACAAACAAUAACUCAGGUAAAAUCAAGAAAAGCUCCCAGAUGGAGAGAGUGCUUUGUGCGGUGAUGUGCUAAAGGUCAGCAAGAACAGAGAAAACUCCAAAAAAGCCUCAAGAGUAAUCAAUAAAAUCUGCUUUUACCCGUGUACUCUGGCAGACAAGAGUGAGCUUGCAAUGUUUAUUUAUUUUACCGAUAAUUCCUGCUUUUAUCCCUGUAAAUUGUAGCUAUGCAAGUAAAAUCUGCAAUUUUAAAUCCCUAAGUGGAGUGUUUGCCUGGGACUAGCUUGUCCUUUUCCUUGAAGUUGCUCUUAUUUUAAUGCAACUUUUUAUUACAACUGUUGUAAUAGAGAAAGUUUGUUUUACCUCAUCGUCAGAGUCAGGGAUGUUUAGAAGCAACUCAUUUGAGUUAUAUGACUGCAAAUGUAAAUUCUGACCAUCCACUGGUCCAAAAAAUAAAAGCACUUAGAAAACAGCACUAGUUAUCGAACACAGAGGGUCACAACCUGCAAUAAACAAUAAACAACAUCUAUUAUCUGCACUUCUUUACAUCCGUCUAGUAGAGCUUUAUUGUACUCUUACAGUUGCCAUUUAAGAGGUGAGUGAUUCUCAAAUAUGACCUAUUGGCUGAUAUCCAGAUGAGAGCUGGUUUAAACUAGUACAAGCCAUCAUUAGCCUUUAUGCUUAAUGGUUACUCCAUCCUUGCUUCCACUUAGUUUUGCUAGCCUUGCUAAAGAAUGAUGAGGCAGUCAGCAAAAGCCAAAACAAGGAACUGAUCCGACAGAGACAAGAGUGGCUCACAAAUGCUCCCAUCAAAGACAUAAUGUUGUUGUGCUAACCAUACCAACACUAAAAGCAAAACGGCUAAGCCAUCACCCACCUGAGUGUAAAAUCCACUCCUUUCCUGAGAGCGGCAGCUCCUUGUGUUUGUGCAUGGGAGGCUUCCCUGUCCCAUCAAGAAGACCAAGGUGCCUUCAGAGGCUGUCCUGAUGAGAUCCCUCUUUAACAAAGUGAAUGAUGACCUGCUUUAACUUAAGAAAAACAAUGUGACUUAAUUUUUAGCUCAGUGUGCAAAUGGUAGGCUGCCUCCUUUGCUCUGGCCUGUGGGCCAUUUGGAGGCUGUAUCUAGGGCUGGGUGAUAUGGCCUCAAAUCAAUAUCACGAUAUAUUGAGUAGUUCACCUCGAUAACGAUUAAUGGACGAUAACUACUCCACAAGCUGCUCCCACUUAAACUUCAUCUACUUUAGCCGCCGCACCAGCCACUUCAUCUUUUGACCCGUCCCCUAUCUCCUCACCUGUCUUUCCCGUUUUGUUAUGGACUGGAUGGGGUGGAGUCACAUCUCUGAUGUAGGACAGUGUCUUAAAGGGACAUGAGAUCAUAGCCUACCUACACACAUCCGCAAACAACUUUUAUUUAUUUAUUUUUUUGACAGCAAAUGUACCAAUAUGGGCAAAAUUCCGUCAGAUAUUGUUGUAAAUUUCGGUAUCGGUAAAUUUUCGGUUUAUCGCCCAGCCCUAGCUGCAUCUGUCAGUGCAUUUACAUGCAUGGUUGGGUUGAGCUAGGGUCACAGCUCAGGUCGACUUUUCAACUGGUCUACUGUUCUAAUGCCGGUUUACAAGCACCAGGCAAGAAUCAGAUUGUUGACAGAAACAUGUCCGGCUCUGCUAAGGUGGACAUGCUGUCCCCGUGGACCUAUUGCAAAUCCAAAAAGGUGUUAGCAAGAGGCUAGACUGUGUUUUUAUUGUUGAGCAAUAGAAACACAGUCACUUUUACAGCUCUGUACCUUUACAUCGUACUGUACGUCGGUUUGGUCCUUUUUACGUCCUUUCUUCAUCUGUCGAGGUUUGUUUACUACUCCGCUUACUGGCGGCACAUCCAUGUCAGUUUACAUCUGGAGCAUGUGCAGAACCCAAGGGCCGGUGUGAUUGAGCUGUAUACAUGGCAGAGAAAAUCAACCCCAACAACAUGUUUGUAACAACAUGUAGACAUAAGGUUGAAGUCUGGUCAGAAGCCACACUAUAAGGUAUAAAACCCUAUCACAGAAAACUUGUAUCAGCCUUCUUAUUCAGAACAGAAAACUGACAGGAAUUGAGGAAACUGGUAAAGAGUUUGAUCUCUUUGAACCAAUAAUGGUAUUUGUACCAGCUGAUAACUGCAUACAAAACAUAAGCACGCUGAAAUGAAACAGAGAAAACCAUGAGCAGCUUGACGUAAACGCACCUAAUGAAAUAUCAAUACUUAAUGAGCCGUUUCUGUGAUUAAGCCCACUGAACACUUUUCAGAAAGUAUGUUCCAGGCUCAUAUCCACAGCACUGACUUAUAUUACUUACAAACUAACAUCUUUCACUGGGACUCUGUGGGGGAUAUUAGUGGCGGUACAUUAACUGUAAACCCCGAUGAUACAUUUUACAUCAGUCACGUGGUCUAAAUGGACACCACUAUUGUAGGCUGUACAAACUCAGGAGGUCUUUACUUUUAAAGAUGUACGCUUUGGUUAACAGAAGGAGCCUCCAAAUGCACAAGAUGUCACCCUUUACUUGGCAUCACUUUUGGACAGUCAGAGCUGCAGAAGAUGUGAUAUCCAUCCCUGUGCAGAGGGAUGAUCAAACAUUAUCUCCAGGCUUUACCUCUGAAGGAGCAUGUUUUAUUAAAGGUUUUUAAAAUCACAUUUGCUUUUACUGGUAAAGGUCUAAAUCUUUAUGAUGUAUAGGUUUAUGUUCAACUUUAUUACAGUACUUUACUGCUUCACCUUCAGUUUCCGGUCAAUUGCAACAUCUUUUUAGGAGAAUAUUAACUGUGAAUAAAAAGUGGCGAAAAGCAAGAAGAGGAUGUGGAAGAGUGAGGAGGUCAUGUUGAAUUUUGUUUUAAUGUAUUUCAAUUAACCUCAAAAGCAUGGCUUACGGCAGAAUAUACUGUUAUUGGUUGUCUUAUUGUAGCACGCCCCAUAUGCUGCAUUAUUAGUGUAGUAUAUCCUCAUCUCUUUAGCUGUAAUGACCCAGUUUUAUCUUCAGCAUCAUUUAAGUUUAAUGUGCUCUUAUCUGGGAGAGCUGUGCGGCACUUCCUGCACAAACAUCUAUUAACCACAACAAGAGGGUCAAACAUCCACACAGCUAUCCUUCAUAUAUGCAGCUUUUCACCAUCAGUAUUCGGCGGAUGGUUCAAGUUGUCAUAUCCACUUAGGCCUCCCUGAUGUCAGCUGUAGACUCGGCUUCAGUUCAUGGAUCAGUGGACUAAUGACAGCAGGGAAGUUUGGAGUCACAGCUGGUAAAACAUGGGACAAAUGUUGCAGCGACCCUGUAAUGAUCCCUCACACAAGAUAUUUAACAUGAGCCGUUAAACUGUCUUUUUUUUUUCCUCCCUUCAUGUCUGCAAGAAAUCAAGCUUUUCAGCUCUUAAGCAUUCAAAUAAAACGCUGAGUAUGUUGAGCAGUUUCACAACACUGCUCAUGAACUAUUAAUGUUCCAGCUUCAUCAAUCACUCCCCAUUAAGACUUUCCACUUGACAUUAACAUGUGCCGUUUGGAGGAGGGGGUUUAUUCAUUGUGUAGAGUAGCAGACCACUGAGUCUAAGGGAAUUGAACAUCCAACAUGGUCGGUUUUCUGCAUGUUGAGCCCACUGGGAGCCUGUGAUUUAAACAACAUGAGAUCGAAUUAAAACUGAAUUACUUUUGUCACUGCAGAGAAUGAAAAACAGAGCAUUAGGCUAAUACAGACUUAAUUAUACAAGUGCAUGAACUUCAGGAACAUCUGCAUUUCAGCCCACCUUUUGUCUCCCGCUGAAUUAGCUGACAGUUUGUUCUUCUCCGGCAGCAGCAGCUGCUUUCAAGGCAACUUUUCUGGGAAACGCCCCCUGUGGAGUCUACAAGUACAAACUGCCCAAAGCUGCACGGACGGAGAGCACAGUGGGAACGAAGGUGUUCUUCUUCAAAGCUAUUCUGUCAGACGACAGUCCCCCUGCUGAUCCAAACGCUUCUUUGCUCUGGGUGAAGAAAAAUGAACUGCAGCGCUACCUAAAACCAGCAUACCUGAUGAAGGUGGAACCCUUCAUCAUCGGUCUGUGACGUCCACAGAACAGAGACACUGAUUCCAAGUACAAUAUUUAUGAGGCCCGAGAACAUGCCCUGUGGCCUCUAUAAUGUCAUGUUUCAUCAAAUGUUCUCUCAUUCAAUACAUGUGUUUCAAUGUAUAAAUAAAAAGUUUUUCCACAUACAUUAUUCUCAGUUGGUCGACAGUUAGGAGAGCUCUCAGAUCGAAUGUUUUCAAACAUUUAUAGAUAUCUAUAAACAGAUUUCUAUUAAACUUUUACAGUGUGGUCUUGCAUUUGCCCUGGACUGUGUUCACAUAUCAUGGAUGACUGCUGGUUAAAGUAUCCAAAAGAUGUGUCUUUUUGUAUAUAGCAGUGGUUCUUAACCGGGGUUCUAUCGAACCCUAGGGGUUCGGUGAGUCGGUCUCAGGGGUUCGGUGGAGCCUCCGCCACGGUAGCCUGGCUGGGCCAUCCUGUUUCGUGAAUCACUUGAUGUUCCUUCCCACCACAGUCUGGACUUCGGCCCAUAGAGAGCGUGUAUUCCCGAUCAGAAAAUAACCGGGCCAAUCAGAGACCGUGUUUCCACUGUUACCCGGACAACAGGGAAAGGCAGCCCCUGAUUGGUCCAUGUGUAGUGGUGACGUCUAACACAUGCUGCGGGACUUUUCAAAGCCCCAUUCAUUCAGAACGCCGUUAAUUCUGCAGUUGACUCUGCAAAGUCACGCAUAUCUGAACUGGUCUCUCAAAAACAACAGCAGAAGUCACACUGAUUUGUUCGGUGAAUGUGCAUAUGAAACUGGUGGGUUCGGUACCUCAAACAGGGUUAAGAACCACUGGUAUAUAGUAUUCUCUUGAAGAGUAAAAAGUAACAACAUAGUGGCAUCAUAUUCAUCUGAAUUCUUUAAUUUAAAGAAUAUAUAAAGGUCAAAACCAACAAUUUAAAGUACAAACAAAGGGAAAUAUGCUAUGUUGAAAUUUAUGAAGUCCUAAAGUGACUCAUUUUCAAGUUUCCAUGUUAAAAGUUUGAAUGAAAAGUCAGCUGACCAGUACAGAGGGAAGUUAACACUUGAAAAAAGUCCAAAUUCAGGACAACAAAUUUAACACUAUUUAAAACAGGACCACAGAGUCUGUAGUUGUGAACUAUAAAAUAGGAAUGCAAGGGGUGGCUAACACUAGCAGAGCUAGCACCACCACCUUUCAAUCCUUUCAGGUUAAACUGAGCUUCUGCUGCAUUCUAAAAGUAACCAAACGCCACCUACAUACAGUCUUAUCUCCAUUUUCCAAACCACAAUAGUGCCAAACCAGCAUAACCUAACAUUAUUUGAAACAUGUAGGAACUGUACAGGUCCUGACCACUCUUAGCUAAGGAGGCCUGUUUUGUAGAGACUGUUUCACACUCCAAUCAUGAAGAAGAGACCUAUGCACAAAACCAGCUUUUGCAUAAUAAAGCUUAGGUUUCACACCCAGAGCAUCAACAGUGUUUUAGUUUUAUUAACUGACAAUCAGCUGCUCAAGAGAGUAGAGAGAACAGACUGCACAUUGAAAGCGUCAAAAACAAGUUUAUUUGGGAAAAGAGCAGCGAAUAUUAAUCUGAUUAUAAAUAUCUGGGUUUUGACGUGUUAGAACAACAACUGAGAAGUCUAUGUAACAGCUUAUGAAUGUUGUUUAUUAUUAUUAGUUAGAAUAGGAGAUAAGCUCCUCAGCUGUAGUACAGUGCACUUUGGAGAGACAGUCACUCAGAAAAGU